AGAGUGGCCCACCAGGCCAAGAGUUGGGUUGAGCCAGUCUGGUGACAGAGGGCCGUACCGGAUACGGAUUUUGUGGUGGACUAGGAGUGUUGUACCCCAGGAGAGCCGCACCUCGGGACACGAGGGAAGAGAGCAAAAACAACAUUGCAGCCAGUGAGUCAUGCGCGAGAUAUAAACUUGUAGACGGAUGUUCCGCACAGAAUCUUGCGAAAACUGUGUUCACACACCAACUUUCCAGGAUUUGUUCCACGAAAAGAUCCCCCCUCCCCUAAUUAAGAUGCAGCAUAAACCCUCAUCCUUGACUUCCGCCUACCUGGAGCCAGGUGCGCUAGUUGUUCAGGUGUGUCAGCCACACACUUGGAGACUAGGAGAGCGCAGGGAAUAAAACCCUCGGAGGAAACCUAUUAGGUUCAUAUGUCCUCGCGGGAUCCUGUGGCAUCUCUGAAUUCUCUUUGCCUGUGAGACAAGUGGGCCACAAGCUCGAUAUUCAGUUGCGACAGCUUGGCUACAGCACUUCGGGGUGUAGCUUCGAAACAAAGAUUGCAUUUAAACCUGCUACACUACUACAGUAACAACAGAUUUUACAGUUGCAAAGAAAUAUGAACACCCUGCUGACAUUGUGGUUUCUGCUGUCGAGUGCUGUCUGUCUCCAUGGGCUGACUGUUGGUGACGUCACAGAAGUAUACCGAUGGGUGUCGGUAGACUACGACUGGCCCAACGCCACCACGAAGACAGACUACAUCACCAAUAAUUUAUUCAUUCUAGAAAAUAACAUUAUUGCUGGGAUCAAGGUGUACAGGGACGAAGUGUACGUGACAGUGCCAAGAUGGCGGCGAGGAAUCCCAUCAAGUCUGAACCGCGUGGUGACCCGAGGAGACAAGCACCUCCUCCAGCCCUACCCCUCCUGGGCCAUGCACCGACUGGGGGACUGCUCGGUCUUGCAGUAUGUACAAAGCAUGGAGAUCGACCCCAACACUGGCUACAUGUACAUUUUAGACAAUGGACGCAUAAAUAUUUUCGAGAACUCAUCGACCAACGUGUGCCCGCCCAAACUUCUCAUCUGGAACAUGCAGAAAAACGCAGAAGUUCACCGAUAUGUCUUCCCAGCAGAUGUCGCCGACCCCACCUCCUGCUUCCUGAAUGACAUCGUUCUGGACUACGUGGAUGGCCACGUGGCCUUCGCCUACAUCACCGAUGUCCUGGAGGCCAAACUGUAUGUCUAUGAUUACAACAAAGACGAGUCAUACGUCUUCAAGGACCCCUCCAUGCAACCGGAAUCCCCGGGAGGAUACGCUGUAGAUGGCAUAGCCAUGUCCCCGACCUUUGACUUCGUGUACUUCUGUCCAAUCACAGGCCGCGGUCUUUAUCAGAUUCCCACGUCAGUCUUGCGUGACAGGCAUGCGCAGUUCGGACAGCACGUGCGGCGCGUGGGCACCCUCGUGUCACGUGCUGAUGGCCUGGCGUACGGACAACAGAAUCUCUACUUCGGGCUGCUCGAUCUGGACGGACUUGCCCGCUGGGAGGUUGCUGGUGAUGCUAAAGAUGGCUGCUACGGCAGCGUCAACAUGGUGUCCCAGAAAGUGAUUGCCUCAAACAACAUCACCAUGCGCUGGGUGGAUACCCUGGCGUGGGAUGACCGCGGGUACUUGUGGUUUGUGGCCAAUGAUAUCAGUCGCUACCUUAGUAAGACCAUGAACUUUACAGGCAGUGAGCCCAACAUGUACAUCACCAAGGUGUUUGUCAACGAGUCGUCCUACCUGAGCACCGCGCUGUCUGCACCAGUCCGCCCACAAUGCACCUCGUCUGGAGCCAGGUCCUCGCUGGCUCAUCUCGCUACCUGGCUGCUCCUCUUCACCUCGCUCCUUCUCAUUUGAUCCUUUUAUAAUAUUCACAAAGAGUGAGCCUCUCUUGAAGAUUCUGUGUUCAGCGCUUUCUACAAUAUAAAAUAAACAUAAACAAUUCUUUAUCCUCAUCCACCCGAGACGGUCAGAAGCAAUUCUGUCCUGAUGGUAUUGACAGCAACUUGAAGCCAAAGACCGGCUGUUAGAGCUGAUGAUGUCGGCCAAGUCUGUAGUUCCACUCUUCAUUUUAUUUAUUCUUUCACCUUCUAAUUGUUUCUUCUAACUGACAUGACAUGACAUGACAUGACAGCACGCAAAGCCGCCACAGGCGCUUGCCGCAGUCGUUGAGUCUGUUUCCCAGUUCCAUUCAAUGUCAAAGUUUUAUUCUUGAAAUCGUUGUUUUCAACACUACAUUGUCUCUGUAUUUUCAAACAAGACAUUAAAAACAACAGAAUGCUAAUCAUAAUGUA